GCUGCAGCCAUGGUCUACCCUGCCAUGUUCUUCAACAUCAAGGCCAAUGGUGAGCCCUUGGGCCGAGGCUCCUUCAAGCUGUUUGUGGACAAAGUUCCAAAGACAGCAGAAAACAUUCGUGCUCUGAGCCCUGGACAGAAAGGAUCUGGAUAUGAGGGUUCCCCCUUUCACAGAAUUACUCCAGGAUUCAUGUGCCAGGGUGGUGACGUCAUACACCAUAAUGGCACCAGCAGCAGGUCUAUCCACGGGGAGAAAUUUGAAGAUGAGCACUUCAUCCUGAUGCAUACAGGUCCUGGCAUCUUGUCCAUGGCAAAUGCCGGACCAAACACAAACAGUUCCCAGUUUUUUAUCUGCACUGCCAAGACGGAGUGGCUGGAUGGCAAGCAUGUGGUUACUGGGAAGGUGAAAGAAGGCACUAGCAUUGUGGAAGCCGUGGAGCAUCUUGGGUCCAGGAAUGGCAAGACCAGCAAGAAGAUCACACUUUGUGACCGUGACAACUCUAAUCCUUUUGACUGGCGGGCAUCUUAUCCACCGGGCCAUUCCUUCUGGAGCUCAGGAGAGCACCUCCAUCUCAUUUGCUCGAAGUACCCUGUGAUCUCUGCUCUUGCUGAAGUUCUUUGGGUUCCACAUUUUCCUCAUUCCCCUCCAAGUCUAGCUGGAUUGCAGAUUAUGAAUAAAAACUAA